CACAGAUCCCAUGCUUGGAUGUGAUUCCACCAUUGUGAGCCUGAGGUACAGAGGAGGAAAGUCAGGUUCUGAUGGCAGACCAUCUUCCCUCAGGGUUACUGGAAGCAUGUGUUGUCGUCGGAGCCUCUGGGGAUCAACUCAAGGAUGUCUACCAGUCUUUACAGCAGGGCAACAGGACAACAGACGUCCCUUUUUUAGACUCAGAGGUCUUGCAAGUCCACGUGCCUCCGUUUGUGACCAAAGAGAAUGCCGAUGAGUCUGGUGGCCCCAGAACCUUCAGUCAAGUCCAAUGCAGACGGUCCUUUAUCAAGAAGAAGGAGAGGCCAGUGGUGGCUCCUAGUGGCCCUGGAGGGGCAGGGAGCAGUGAGGGGGCCACUAUAACGGAGGAUGUCAGCGUCCCCAAGGACAUCGACCUCAUGGCCCUGCCCCAACUCUGCUUUCCAGGGGGGCUUCAAGUAACAAAUGAACCAAAAGAAGAGCGCUUUCACUUUCUAGUCUUCACGGAUGUGUUCGGUAACCAAACCCAUGGAGUGGUUGUUCAGUGUUAUAGACCAUUUCAGGAAGGGUCAAUGUUCUAUCAGAAUGGACACUGGUCAUCCACCAAGACCACUAAGCUCUGCAUUGCUUAUGCCUUCUGUGUCAUAUCCAAGCAUCCUUACUACAAUGCUCUCAAGGACUGUCUGUCUUGUUUGUUGGUACAGCUUAGAACAUGCAGGUUGUCUGAAGAGAGGGUGAAGGAAUUUGCAGCCAAACUGGCUCUGGUGCCCAUUCCACCCCCUGGACAUCUACAUGUGGUGUUCAACCUGAGACCCCUGAUGAUCGUACUACCUUCCAGAGAGGAUAAGGAUCACCCCGUUGUAGACCUGGACCUCCAUUUGCCCUUCCUGUGCUUUAGGUCCAAACAGAUUUUACAGAUCAUCACUGGUAUCUUGAUGGAGCAGAGGGUAGUGUUCUUCUCAGCUGACUGGGCCCGCCUCACCCUGGUGGCAGAGUGUUUCAUGGUCUACAUCCACCCCCUCCACUGGCAACACCCCUACGUGCCCAUCCUCUCAGGCCAGAUGCUGGACUUCGUCAUGGCCCCCACCGCCUUCCUCAUGGGCUGCCACCUCAACCACUUUGAGGAGGUCGCUGCGGAAACAGACGACCUGAUCUUGAUUAAUAUCGAUGAUGGAACAGUGUCGUCCUCCUGCUCAGAGACUGUCGACCUACCAGAUGUCCCCUUCGCUUCAGCAGAGUGUUUUACCAAGCGGAGGAAAGGCCUCCAGCUACAAUAUGAUCUAGAGGUGUGUCACCAAGGGGCCGGCGCAGACAUUAACGAGAUGCGCAUGCUGAGAAGAAAAUGGCAGCAGAACCUGAACUGGGAAAUACAGAAGGUUACCUUGGAGUUAAUUGUCAACAUGUUCAGGGAUGUCAGUGGUCACCUGAACUAUGAACACAGAGUGUUUAAUAGUGAAGAGUUCCUGAAGACCAGAGAGCUAGCUGACCAACCCUUUUAUAAAAAGGUCUUGGAGACACAUAUCUUUCAUUCAUUCCUGAAGGACCGCCUCAAUAGGAAGAUGGAUGCUUUCACACGCAUGGAAGUCAACACUCGCUCAGAGACACAGAAAAUGAAGGCGAUGAUCGACAUCCCCAGGAGGCCCACCAUGCAGGAGAUGGCCAGGAAGUAUAGCAGCCGCCCAGAGAACCAUCUGAACAAGAGGCUGGGGAUGAGCCUCCCCAACCUGGGAGAGGAGCGCCCCCUCAACCUCCUCAGACAUACCUCCCUCAAGAAGAUCAUCAUCCCUGAGAGUGCAGGAAGGUUAAAGUCAAGUGCAACCCUCAAGAUCCCGCCCAAGCCUGUGAAGAUCUUCAAGCUGCCAGAGUUUCCUCCUCCUAUGGUGCACCACUAUGUCCAGAACUACUACGGAGAGCUGAUCAUACUACUGGGGAAGGCCAUCUUCUGUGUUCCUCCUGAGAACUCCACUCUCCUGGCCAGGUACUUCUACCUGUGCGGCUUCAUGAACACGCUGUGUUCCAAGCGUCUUGACGCCCUCAGCGACUUCCAGAACCUCUACAAGACGGACAUCGAGAUCUUCCCCACCGUCCUGGUGAAGACGCUAGUGGACUCGCUGCAGAAGGACGAGCGCUCCCAGGCAGACCAGCGGCCAGAGCUCAAGCGGCUCAUCUUCAAGGUGAAGACAGACAACGAGAUGGUGCUGGUCCAAGCUGACGACCACGUGAAGAAGUUUCAGCUCCCUAAAACCCACAUGCUGCAGGAGGACUUUGUGAAGCGCAUCCAGGAGUCUGGGAUUGUGAAAGACGUCACCACCAUCCAUAGGUUGUUUGAGGCUCUCACUGUGGGGCAACAGAAGCAGAUUGACCCAGAGGUGUUCCGUGUGUUCUACACCUUCUGGAAGGAGACGGAGGUGGAGGCCCAGGACGUUCACCUGCCAGCUGAGGUCAUAGAGCACCUGGACAACAACGAGUGUGUCUACAAGCUGUCCUGCUCCGUCAAAACCAACCAGGGAGUGGGCAAGAUCGCCAUGACACAGAAGAGGCUCUUCCUGCUCACUGACGGGAGGCCUGGGUUUAUCGAGAUCACCAAGUUCAGAGACAUAGAGGAGGUGAAAAUCUCCUUUGCUCCGUUCCUGCUGCUGAGGAUCCCGUCUCUGAAGAUCAAGUGCAGUCUGAGGAAGGAGGUGUUUGAGGCCAACCUGAAGUCUGAGUGUGACCUGUGGAACCUCAUGGUCAAAGAGAUGUGGGCUGGGAGGAGGAUGGCAGAUGUCCACAAGGAUCCUCAGUACAUGCAGCAGGCUUUGACUAACGUCCUGCUCAUGGAUGCUGUGGUUGGGAGCCUUCAGACCCAGAAGGCCAUAUUUGCUGCCUCCAAACUGGCAUACUUUGACAGAGUGAAACAUGAAGUUCCUAUGAUGGUUCCGAAGACGACAUCGGAGACGUUGAAACACAAGAUCAAUCCAUCGCUUGACCUCCCAGCUCCCCAGACUGUACAGGUCUUACUCUACACACCAGGCCAGUUGAGUUACUCGGAGGCAGACGGAGAUGGGAACCCCAAGCUGUGGUGUGCCCUCAGUGGUGGGAGGGUGGUCUUGUUUGAUGCAGCCAGCUGGUCCAUGCAGCAGAACUGUAUUCAAGUGGGAUCCUCCCAACUGAACUGCAUGCUGGGAUUGGACCAGGAUCAACUCUUCAAUGGAACACUGUGGUGCUGUGCCAGAGACGGCAUCAUUGAACUGAGGAAGAACGGAUCCCCACUUCGUAAGAUGACACUUCCUGAGGAUCUAUGGAGCAUGCCCACUGAGUUCAGCAGCCUCAUCCUCUUCUUAGAGAGGGGCCAGUUGUGGACGAGCUGUUCUGAUUCUGAUGAGCUCUGUCUCUGGCACUUUAAAGACCUGACCAAGCCUUUCCUGAGGGUGCAGCUACAGAACUGUACAGGGGUCAACCGUAUGAUCAAGGUUAAGAAUCAGAUCUGGGUUGGCUGCAGAGGGCCGAGCCCGGACCAGUGCAGGGUGAGUGGGAAGAUCUACGUAGUGGACACAGAGAGCCACAGUGUGGCGAAGGAGCUGAUGGCCCACACAGACAGUGUCCAGGCACUGUGCUCUGCCGAGGACCGCUAUGUACUCAGCGGCUCCGCCUACCAGGAUGGCAAAAUCGCCAUUUGGAAGGUCGAGUAGAGAACGAGUAGCCUGGUCCAAUAUCUGUUUGUGUGGUUUCGCCAACUCUUUUAAGUGAAUAAAACGUUUGGCACAACAAUGACAGGAGUUUCCUAAACAGCACAAAUAGAUCUGGGACCAGGUUAGAGGAAGAGCCCUGCAGACCCUGAGGAGUCCUAAACGUCUGAAGAAGCUAUAGACCCCUCAAACUCAACUCUGGACCUCGAAGCCAGUUUCAAUGCUUUGUUUCAUUGUUCCCUCUAAUCAGGGAC